AUGCANUUGAAGAGCACUAAUACAGCCGUAGAACUAGAUUGGAGGAAGAGAAUAAAUGUUAUAAAAGGAGUAGCACAUGCAUUAUCUUACAUGCAUCAUGAUUGUUGCCCACCAGUUGUUCAUCGAGACAUAUCAAGCAAGAAUGUGAUAUUGGAUCAAGAAUACGAAGCUCAUGUUUCAGACUUUGGAACUGCCAAGUUUCUCAAACAAGAGUCAUCAAACUGGAGUGAGCUUGCUGGCACAUAUGGAUAUAUUGCACCGGAGUUUGCUUACACAAGGAAGAUAACCGAAAAGUGCGAUGUGUAUAGCUUUGGAGUUUUAACAUUGGAAGUGAUCAAAGGGAAUCAUCCAGGAGAUUUUCUUUCCUUAUUUUCAUCUAAUGUGCCUCCCAAUAUGUCUAUACAGCUUAGUGAUGUGUUAGACUCUAGGCUUCCAGCACCAUCGCUUGAAGUUCAGGACAAGCUGAAAUGUAUCCUGGAGGUGGCCCUUUUAUGCUUAGACAAGAAUCCAGAAUUUAGACCUACUAUGCGGAUAGUGAGUGAGCACCAUACAUAUUAG